AUGGCGGCCGGGUGCGGGGCGGGGUGUUGCGGCGGCUGCUGCUGCUGCUGCUGCGGGGAGAGGGAGAGCCGCACCCCGGAGGAGCUGACCAUCCUUGGAGAAACUCGGGAUGAAGAUGACGAGAUUCUCCCACGUAAGGACUACGAGAGCUUGGACUACGACCGCUGCAUCAACGAACCCUUUUUGGAAGUGCUGGAAAGUCUAGAUAAGCGGAAAGUCCGGCGAUACGAAGCCGUGAAGUGGGUGGUGGUCUUUGCCAUUGGCGUUUGCACAGGGCUGGUGGGCCUCUUUGUGGACUUCUUUGUCCGGCUCUUCUCCCAGCUCAAGUUCCGGGUGGUGCAGAGCUCGGUGGAGGAGUGCAGCGAGAAAGGCUGCCUGGCCGUAUCCCUGCUGGAGCUGCUGGGAAUUAACCUGACCUUCAUCUUCCUGGCUAGCAUCCUUGUCUUGAUUCAGCCUGCCGCCGCUGGCUCCGGAAUCCCAGAGAUCAAAUGCUACCUGAAUGGGGUGAAGAUACCAGGAAUCGUCCGGCUCCGGACUCUGGUGUGCAAAGCUCUCGGCGUGCUCUUCAGCGUAGCUGGAGGUCUCUUCGUAGGCAAGGAAGGGCCCAUGAUCCACAGUGGCGCCGUGGUAGGGGCUGGCUUGCCUCAGUUUCAGAGCAUCUCCUUAAAGAAGAUCCGGUUUAACUUUCCCUAUUUCCGAAGCGACAGGGACAAAAGGGACUUUGUGUCUGCAGGAGCCGCUGCCGGGGUGGCUGCAGCUUUCGGCGCCCCGAUUGGGGGCACGCUGUUCAGCUUAGAAGAGGGCUCCUCCUUCUGGAACCAGGGGCUGACGUGGAAAGUGCUCUUCUGCUCCAUGGCAGCCACCUUCACCCUGAACUUCUUCCGUUCCGGAAUUCAGUUUGGAAGCUGGGGCUCCUUCCAGCUCCCGGGUUUGCUGAAUUUUGGGGAGUUUAAGUGCUCUGAAUCCGAUAAGAAAUGCCACCUGUGGACCAUCGUGGACUUGGGCUUCUUUAUCCUGAUGGGGGUCGUGGGGGGCCUUUUGGGGGCCACCUUCAACUGCAUCAACAAGAGGCUGGCAAAGUACCGCAUGCGGAAUGUGCACCCCAAGCCCAAGCUGGUCAGAGUCUUGGAGAGCCUCUUGGUGUGUCUAACGACCACCCUUGUGGUGUUUGUCGCUUCCAUGGUUCUAGGGGAAUGCCGCCCGAUGUCUUCUGCCAGCCACUGGGACAACGCCUCUGUUGGCCUGCAGGACUCCUCUGAUGAAGUGAAUUCGAGCAUCAAGACUUUUUUCUGUCCCAACGAUACUUACAAUGACAUGGCAACGCUUUUCUUUAACCCGCAAGAGUCGGCCAUCUUGCAGCUCUUUCACCAGGAAGGUACUUUCAGCCCAGUCACCCUUUCCCUGUUCUUCCUUCUCUAUUUCUUACUCUCCUGCUGGACCUAUGGGAUUUCUGUGCCCAGCGGCCUCUUUGUGCCAUCGCUGCUUUGCGGGGCCGCCUUUGGACGCCUGGUCGCCAACCUCCUCAAAAGCUACAUCGGUUUGGACCACAUCUACUCGGGGACCUUUGCGCUGAUCGGAGCCGCGGCCUUCCUGGGCGGGGUGGUCCGCAUGACCAUCAGUCUCACCGUUAUCUUGAUCGAGUCCACGAAUGAGAUCAGCUACGGGCUCCCCAUCAUGGUAACUCUCAUGGUAGCCAAGUGGACCGGGGACUUCUUUAACAAGGGCAUCUAUGACAUCCAUGUGGACUUGCGAGGGGUGCCCCUUCUGGAAUGGGAAACUGAGGCAGAAAUGGACAAGCUGAGAGCCGGUGAUAUCAUGGAGCCCAACCUGAUGUAUGUUUAUCCACACACCCGGAUCCAGUCCCUGGUGAGCAUUCUGCGCACAACGGUCCAUCACGCAUUUCCCGUGGUCACAGAAAACAGGGCCUAUGAGAGGGAGUUCAUGAAGUGGGACCAGCUUAUCAGCAACAACAUCAAAUUCAAGAAAUCCAGCAUCCUGACCAGGGCUGGGGAGCAGCGCAAACGCAGCCAGUCCAUGAAAUCCUACCCAUCGAGCGAACUGCGCAACAUGUGCGAGGACCACAUCGUGACGGAAGAACCGCCAGAGACAGAAGACAUGUUGCAGCAGAUGCUGGAGCGAAGGUACACUCCCUAUCCUAACCUUUACCCGGACCAAUCGCCCAGUGAAGAGUGGACCAUGGAAGAACGUUUCCGGCCUCUGACUUUCCACGGGCUGAUCUUGCGCUCACAGCUGGUCACUUUGCUUGUGCGAGGCGUCUGUUACUCAGAGAGUCAGUCGAGUGCCAGCCAGCCUCGUCUCUCGUAUGCGGAGAUGGCCGAGGAUUACCCUCGCUACCCCGACAUUCAUGACCUGGAUCUCACACUACUGAAUCCCAGGAUGAUUGUGGAUGUGACCCCCUAUAUGAACCCGUCUCCAUUCACCGUCUCGCCCAACACUCACGUCUCACAAGUCUUCAACCUCUUCAGGACGAUGGGGCUCAGGCAUUUGCCCGUCGUCAACGCCGUCGGGGAGAUUGUGGGCAUCAUUACCCGGCACAACCUGACGCACGAAUACCUGCAAGCAAGGUUGCGGCAGCACUACCAGACCAUCUGACUGCUUCUGACGCCUCUCCCUGCCCCUCACCCCCUGCUGCUUCCUUUUCCAGUGGUCCCCCAGGCUGGUUUUGUGCAGUGUACAAUGGACAGACUUUGGUUUCUAGUGGGAGGCCUGCAGCCAUCUCGCCAGCCAGGAAGCAAAGGAGCUGCAGAGGAUUCUACCCGCACUGGCUGGUGCUCAGGGUCUCACUGGCUGCUUUUUGAAGCAGCUGACGACCGCUUCCAACAUGGCUUUGGAAUGAGGUGGCUGGAAUUUUUCCCUUGCUUGUUUUGUGGACAUAUUUUGAAAACAGUCAUACCUAUGCCAUGACCCGGGCAGAAGGAGGCCUGUCCUUCUGUUUCCCCCUUGACUUGCCUGCAUCUGUUGCCUUACCACAAACCAGGUUUCAUUGGCCCAAGGACUUCAGAACUGAUUCCACAUUUUUUUCUUUAUUCCAAACUUAGCCAGUUGUUCCUCGGAGCAGCACUAGCACUCUUGGGAAGGGUGAGAAAGGGGACACACUGGGGUUUUUUUUCCUUUAUGGGAGAUUCUGGAAUUUCUUGAAUCUUGCACGUGUGUAUGUUUGCGCGCGUGUGUGUGUGUAUAUACAUUUUCCCCAUUCCACUUUAUAAUUCAGUUUUUGUGGAAGCCUUCCACAGGACCCUCGCAGCUGGUACAUUUCCAGGCCAAGCAUCUUUUUGAGUUUUACAUGGCAAAAAUUAUGUGUCGGAGAGAGAAAUGAACAAUUUUUGGACCACA